AACGUUCAACCGUCUUGAAUUUUGAGUCAGUCGAAAAAGUGCAGAGUGGCAGUGAACAAGCCAUUGAUUAAUGUGUGUGUGUGUGUGUGUGCAUUUGAUUCACUAUUCCAUUUAAAUCUUCUUAUUGCAUUGAAAUAUUUACCAAAGACAAACGACAUUUCGAUGGCCAAUACAAAAUACAAAUGACAAUUUACUUUUGCACUGGCCAAACCGAAUUUUUUUUCGUUGUUGUCGAUGAAUAAAACUUCAAUUCAUUCAACAGACAAAAGAAAUCACAUUUGUUUUGUGUGUGAAUAUGUGUAUUCGUGUGUAUGUGUAUAAGUAUCUCAAGAUUUUUCCCAUAAAAUAUUUAUCACCACUUUAAACAAAAUUUGGUGAAACAAAUCGAAAAUGUCUAUGGCAUUUCCAAUAAAUAAAGGAAUCAAAUUUUUACUCUGCGAUCAGUGCAUCAAUCGUCGUUAAUAAGAUUUUUGGUAAAACGAAAUUCCGUUUUGCUGAUCACAGAUUCAAGUCAACACAAACAUAAUUCAAACAGAAAAAAAAAACAUUUUUUUUUUGUUGGUUAUACCCAUGGAAUUUAUUUUGCCGUAUUCAUGUAUGCGAUAGAAUUUGUAUGUUUGUUGUUGAUUUUUGAUUCUUGUUGUGUAUCAUUCGGUUGUGUUGGUGUCGACAACGCCAAAUCGGUAACAAAGACCAUCAAAGUGUGACAUCAUUCGGUUGUGGCAAAAUGGCUUUACAAUACGAAAAAAAAAACUGUUGAUGUAUUUGUGUUUGUAUAUACUUACAUACCACAAGCAGAAAAAGCUUUUUAUCCAUGAUAUUUGCAACACAUAUUGCGGCAAAACAUAUGCAUUUUUGCAGUUCAACAUAAAAAGACACAGUGCUCUGAAAUCAAGUGUUACGUCAAACAUUUAAUUUUAAAUAGCUGAAACUACUUUGCUAAACACCUAAGCGGUGGAGAAAAACAAAACGAGAAGAAAACAACCACAUUUAUAUUAGAGAAUAGCACAAACAGAGGUUAUCAACGGAAAACAGAAAAAAAAAAUUUAUUAAGUGAAAACAAGUAAUAAAAAGAAUUGUUAGUAAAAAUGAGUGAUGAAUCAGUCGUCGAUCGGAAUGAUCCAGCAUUGAAGUAUCUUACGGUAGAAAAGAAUCAAUUCAAUGAUCCGGCAACGCAAGCAGAAUGGACACAAAAGCGUCUCGUUUGGGUACCGCAUGAGUCACAGGGCUUUGUUGCGGCCAGCAUAAAAAAGGAAAAUGGAGAUGAGGUGGAGGUGGAAUUGGCCGAAACCGGCAAACGUGUUACUAUCCAACGUGAUGACAUCCAAAAAAUGAAUCCACCAAAAUUCGAUAAAGUCGAAGAUAUGGCCGAAUUGACCUGCUUAAAUGAAGCGAGCGUUCUGCACAAUAUCAAAGAUCGAUACUAUUCCGGAUUGAUCUAUACAUAUUCGGGCCUGUUUUGUGUGGUAGUUAAUCCAUACAAAAAACUUUCUAUUUAUACGGAAAAAAUUAUGGAGCGUUAUAAAGGUAUAAAGCGUCAUGAAGUCCCACCACAUGUGUUUGCCAUUACAGAUAGCGCCUACAGAUCAAUGUUACAAGAUCGCGAAGAUCAAUCAAUUCUGUGUACUGGCGAAUCCGGAGCUGGUAAAACAGAGAACACCAAGAAAGUUAUACAGUAUUUGGCAUAUGUCGCCGCAUCCAAACCAAAAGGAUCCGGAUCGGCUCCACAUCCAGCACUCAUUAUCGGCGAAUUGGAGCAACAACUUUUACAAGCCAAUCCGAUUUUGGAAGCGUUCGGUAAUGCAAAAACUGUGAAAAACGACAACUCGUCCCGUUUUGGUAAAUUCAUUCGAAUCAAUUUUGAUGCGUCCGGCUACAUAUCAGGUGCUAAUAUCGAAACCUAUUUACUUGAAAAAUCUCGUGCCAUUCGUCAGGCGAAGGAUGAACGAACAUUCCAUAUAUUUUAUCAGCUGUUGGCUGGUGCAACGCCAGAACAAAAAGAAAAGUUUAUAUUAGAUGACAUAAAAACGUAUGCAUUUUUGUCGAAUGGCAGUCUGCCCGUACCUGGUGUCGAUGACUAUGCCGAAUUCCAAGCAACGGUGAAGAGCAUGGACAUUAUGGGCAUGACUUCUGAUGAUUUCAAUUCAAUAUUUCGUAUCGUUAGUGCUGUCUUGUUAUUCGGUUGCAUGAAAUUCAAGCAAGAACGAAGUUCAGACCAGGCCACAUUACCCGACAACACGGUGGCACAGAAGAUAGCGCAUCUGUUAGGCUUAAAUGUGACAGACAUGACUCGUGCAUUCCUAACACCGCGUAUCAAAGUCGGUCGCGAUUUCGUGACAAAAGCACAAACAAAGGAACAAGUUGAGUUUGCUGUUGAAGCAAUUGCUAAAGCGUGCUAUGAACGUAUGUUCAAAUGGCUUGUCAACCGUAUCAAUCGCUCGUUGGAUCGUACAAAGCGACAGGGUGCAUCAUUCAUUGGCAUUUUGGAUAUGGCCGGUUUUGAAAUAUUCGAAUUGAAUUCAUUUGAACAAUUGUGCAUCAAUUACACGAACGAAAAGCUGCAACAACUCUUCAACCACACCAUGUUCAUUCUCGAGCAAGAAGAGUAUCAACGCGAAGGCAUCGAAUGGAAAUUCAUCGAUUUUGGCUUGGAUCUGCAGCCAACUAUUGAUUUGAUCGACAAACCGGGCGGUAUUAUGGCUUUGCUCGACGAAGAAUGCUGGUUCCCAAAAGCCACCGACAAAACAUUCGUCGAGAAAUUGAUAAAUGCCCAUUCAAUGCACCCGAAAUUCAUGAAGACCGAUUUCCGUGGUGUUGCCGAUUUCGCCAUCGUUCAUUAUGCCGGCAAGGUUGACUAUUCGGCCAACAAAUGGCUCAUGAAGAACAUGGACCCAUUGAACGAGAACAUCGUAUCGUUGUUGCAAGCGUCACAGGAUCCAUUUGUCGUGAACAUUUGGAAAGAUGCUGAAAUUGUUGGCAUGGCUCAACAAGCGCUCACCGACACCCAAUUCGGUGCUCGUACUCGUAAAGGUAUGUUCCGUACCGUUUCGCAUUUGUAUAAAGACCAAUUGGCCAAACUGAUGGACACAUUGCGCAACACCAAUCCAAACUUUGUGCGAUGCAUCAUACCAAAUCACGAGAAGCGAUCGGGCAAAAUCGAUGCACCACUUGUACUUGAUCAGUUGCGUUGCAACGGUGUACUCGAAGGUAUUCGAAUCUGUCGUCAAGGUUUCCCAAAUCGUAUUCCAUUCCAAGAAUUCCGUCAACGCUACGAACUGCUCACACCGAAUGUCAUAUCGAAGGGUUUCAUGGAUGGCAAAAAGGCCUGCGAACAAAUGAUCCAUGCAUUGGAGCUUGACUCAAACCUUUUCCGUGUCGGACAGUCAAAGAUUUUCUUCCGUGCCGGUGUUUUGGCUCAUCUUGAAGAGGAGCGCGAUUAUAAGAUCACCGAUUUGAUUGUUAACUUCCAAGCGUUCUGCAGAGGUUUCUUAGCUCGUCGCAACUACCAAAAACGCUUACAACAAUUGAACGCGAUUCGUAUCAUUCAACGCAACUGUGCUGCUUACUUAAAACUCCGUAACUGGCAAUGGUGGCGUUUGUACACCAAGGUCAAACCGUUGUUGGAAGUCACCAAACAAGAGGAGAAACUGGUGCAGAAAGAAGACGAAUUGAAGCAAGUACGCGAAAAAUUGGAUGUUCUGUCACGUGAUGCACAGGACUAUGAGCGCAAAUUCCAACAGGCAAUCGAAGAGAAAACCCAUUUGGCCGAACAACUGCAGGCUGAAAUCGAAUUGUGUGCAGAAGCCGAGGAAAGUCGCAUUCGACUUGUGGCCAGAAAACAAGAGCUUGAAGAAAUGAUAUCCGAAUUGGAGAGCCGAAUCGUUGAGGAAGAAGAACGUGCCGGCAAUCUUAGUGCUGAAAAGAAGAAGCUACAGUUGAACAUCCAAGAUCUCGAAGAGCAACUGGAAGAAGAGGAAAGUGCACGCCAAAAAUUGCAACUGGAAAAGGUGCAAUUGGACGCCAAGAUCAAGAAAUACGAAGAAGAUUUGGCUGCAACUGACGAUCAAAAUCAAAAACUUAUCAAAGAAAAGAAAGCGCUUGAAGAGCGUGCCAAUGAUCUGUCGCAAACAUUGGCCGAAGAAGAGGAGAAAGCAAAGCAUUUAACGAAAUUAAAGGCCAAACAUGAGCUUACAAUCGCUGAACUCGAGGAGCGUCUUCUGAAAGAUCAUCAACAGCGCCAGGAGACCGAUCGCAGCAAGCGAAAAAUCGAAACCGAACUCGCCGAUUUGCGUGACCAAUUGAACGAACGGCGCAUUCAAAUCGAAGAGUUGCAAGUGCAACUUGCCAAGCGUGAAGAUGAACUCACGCAAACACUGUUGCGCAUCGAUGAAGAAUCGGCGGCCAAAGCACAAGCGCAAAAGAUUCAACGCGAACUUGAGUCACAGCUCACUGAAAUUCAAGAAGAUCUCGAAGCCGAGAAAUUGGCCCGUGCCAAAGCGGAAAAAUACCGCCGUGAUCUCAGCGAAGAGUUGGAGGCAUUGAAAAAUGAACUCUUGGAUUCGUUGGACACAACCGCCGCCCAACAAGAGCUCCGAUCAAAACGCGAACAAGAGUUGGCCUCGCUGAAGAAGAAUCUCGAAGAGGAGACCAUGUCGCACGAGAGUUACGUACAAGAAAUGCGCCACAAACAUUCCCAAGAACUCGCAACCGUUAAUGAUCAAAUGGAAAAUGUGAAGAAAACACGAGCCGGCCUCGAAAAGGCCAAACAAACAUUGGAAGCCGAAAAUGCCGAUCUUGCUACUGAAUUGCGAAAUGUUAAUUCAUCGAAACAAGAGAAUGACCGACGCCGCAAACAGGCCGAAAGUCAAAUUGCUGAACUUCAAAUCAAACUGGCUGACGUUGAGCGAGUACGGUCCGAGCUUCAAGAGCGUGAUGCCAAGUUACAACAAGAAAUUGAAAAUAUUACGGAACAAUUGGAGGUGGCUGAGUUGAAAGCAGCCGCAGCACUUAAAUCGGCCGCCACAAUGGACAGUCAAUUCGCCGAAACUCAACAACUUUUGGAAGAAGAAACGCGCCAAAAGUUGGCUUUGAGUACAAAGUUACGUCAACUCGAAUCGGAGAAGGAGUCACUACAGGAACAGCUGGAAGAAGAUGAAGAAAUGAAGAAGAACUAUGAACGCAAAUUGGCUGAAGUCAAUCAACAAAUGCAAGAGCUUAAGAAGAAGGCUGAAGAAGAUAGUGAUUUGGUCAAAGAUUUGGAAGAGGCACGCAAAAAGAGCAAUAAAGAUAUCGAGGCAUUGCAGCGUCAAAUUCAGGAAUUACAGGCAACCAAUGAUCGUUUGGAUAAGAGUAAGAAGAAGAUCCAAUCCGAGUUGGAAGACGCAACAAUUGAAUUAGAAGCACAAAGAACAAAGGUAUUGGAUUUGGAGAAGAAACAAAAGAACUUCGACAAGGUGUUGGCCGAAGAGAAAGCAAUCAGUGAAGCGCACGCACAAGAGCGAGAUACUGCCGAACGGGAAGCGCGUGAAAAGGAAACCAAAGUGUUGUCUUUGACACGCGAACUCGAUGAGGCAUUGGAUAAGAUUGAUGAUUUAGAACAAAAGCGAAAGGCACUUCAGAAUGAACUAGACGAAUUGGCCAAUUCACAAGGCACUGCCGACAAAAAUGUGCACGAAUUGGAAAAGGCAAAACGCGCACUCGAAGGCCAAUUGGCUGAGUUGAAAUCACAAAACGAGGAACUUGAAGAUGACUUGCAACUGACCGAAGAUGCCAAAUUGCGUUUGGAGGUGAAUAUGCAAGCAUUACGUGCCCAAUUCGAACGCGACAUUCAGUCAAAGGAAGAACAAGCGGAAGAAAAACGUCGUGGCCUGGUCAAGGCGCUACGUGAUAUGGAAACCGAACUCGAUGAAGAACGAAAGCAACGUGCAGCCGCCAUUGCUGCAAAGAAGAAGCUUGAAAGUGACCUCAAGGACAUUGAAGCCACUUUGGAAAUGCACAACAAGAUGAAAGAAGAUGCAGUCAAGCAGGCCAAAAAACUACAGGGUCAAAUUAAGGAUGCAUUGCGCGAUGCCGAAGAUGCUCGGGUUGCGAAAGAAGAGUUGGCCGCCGCAUGCAAAGAGGCAGAACGAAAGUCAAAGGCACUUGAAGCCGAAGUAAUGCAACUUACGGAAGAUUUAGCCAGUUCGGACCGUGUUAAGCGUGCUGCUGAAGUUGAACGUGAUGAACUUCUCGAUGAAAUGCAAACGCUCACAAACAAAACGACCUUGAUUGUCGAUGAGAAGCGACGCCUGGAAGCCCGUAUCGCCUCACUUGAAGAAGAAUUGGAAGAGGAACAAUCCAAUUCCGAGGUUAUUCUGGAACGUAAUCGCAAAUCUCAACUUACUAUCGAACAACUCAGUACGGAACUUGCCACGGAAAGAUCCAACACAGUUAAAACCGAAAAUGCACGUGCCCUCCUCGAACGCCAGAGCAAAGAGCUCAAAGCCAAAUUGGCUGAAAUCGAGACCACACAACGGACAAAGGUCAAGGCAACCAUUUCUGCAUUGGAAGGCAAAAUUACUAAUUUAGAAGAACAAUUGGAAAAUGAAACGAAAGAGCGUUUGCUUCAGCAAAAGUCUAACCGCAAACUGGACAAGAAGAUCAAGGAACUCACACUUAACAUCGAAGAUGAACGUCGUCAUGCUGAUCAAUAUAAAGAACAAAUUGAAAAGGGCAACACCCGCAUGAAGACACUCAAGCGAAAUGUCGAUGAAUUAGAAGAGGAAAUGCAGAAAGAAAAGGCUCAAAAACGAAAAGCACAAAGAGAGUGCGAAGAAAUGAUUGAAACGAUUGAAGCACUUAACCGAGAAAUCAACUCUCUCAAAGCCAAACUUAGACGUGGCGGAGGCAGUAUAAGCUUAAGUUCAUCGCGUCUUGCAUCGCGUAUCACGUCCGAUGACAAUUCCACAAAGAAUGAGUCUGUAGAUGAAUCCUUAGACGAAUCAAACUAAAUGAACAACUCCAAUAAUUUCAUUCAAUUUUUUUUUAACGAAUAAAAAGAGGAGAAGAGAAACACUUAAAAAAUAAAUCAUAAAUCCAAAUACAUUUGUAAAUCAAAAAAACAUGAAAUUCCGUUAACUCGUUAUGAUAACGUUACCAGAAGGCAUUACUAUCCUUUGUUUUCUUUAUUUUAAUUAAUUAUUUUCUUUAAUACUCGAAUGAAUAUAGUAUAUCUAGCGUAAUUGCCGAUGAUAAUAUUUGGAAAAAUAAGCAGACGAAAAAAAAAAGAAUGAAUAGAGAAAACGAUUGCGAUAUAUGCGUUGAAUAUGUUUGGUUUUAUGAUGUUAGCGUGUUUUAAUCGAAAUGAUGUUAUUAAUGUUAAAAUGAGCACGACUCUUUGGUUAUAACUAACAUAUUUAUACGUAUCACAUCAAUGUUAACGUGUCGCCUCAUUAUCGCUCUAUAUUGAUUGUUCUAUCGUUCGAACAAACAAAUGGAAAUUGAUUUGAAUAGCAUCAUUACUGUAUGGAUAGGCAUUUGGUUAGUUUGUAUUUGUUCGGAUUCGAUUGUAGCACAUCAAUGGCAAUUACGAAGAAUUCUAAAUUCAUUCGGGAAUUCGAAUUCUAUGCUUAAAGCUCACACACACACACAUACAUAUACACCAAGCCCAUGCUUGCUGAAAAUUUAUUUGAUUUCAAAACAUUUCUUAAGUAAAAUGGCCUAAAUUUCUUACGUACAAUUCUAUCAAUUGCUUUUUUUUAUUGUUUACAUGUAAUAGAAUCGAGUACAAUUUGCUCACAUGAAGUGCUAGUAACGACCGACGUAUUAUAUUACGCGGUAUUCAACUUCUCUUUUUUUUACAUGAGCGAUCAAUACACAUUGAAAUAUAUAUGCUUUCAAGCGUACCGUGCCAUUUUUCAACUCUUUUCCAUUGAUAAUGUAAUCAAAUCAUCAAAAAAAUGCAACAAUUUUAAUGAAAAUAGAUACAUAACCAUAUAAUAACUUUUUUUUGGGAAAAUCGUUGAAAAUUGGGACAUAAAUCUAAAAUAAAACUUUGUUGUGUCAACAAAAAAAA